ACGAACGACUGUUUGUUUACAUCACGAUGACGGAGUUGAUUUCCUGGAUUCUCUAAAUCGUCAAUAUUCAACGCUCUGAGUGGAAGACAUUGAGAUACAUAAAAGAUGCUGUCCCCAAAUGUACCUGAAUUCGUUCCAAGAGGAAUGCAACCUACAGGCCCAACUAGAGGAUAUGAGCGUACUUUUCCAGCUGCAGUUGAAAGGCACCACGCAAGCCAGAGCUCCAUUCAAACAAACAGGGCAGAGAGAAGGGAGGAAGAUGGACAGAGGAAACGAGUACAUAAUACCUCGUUAGUAGAACCAGAUAGAAGAGAUUUAAAAGAGUCCUUUGGUGGUAAGAAGGUGGGAAGCUCGAACAGAGGCAGGCAUGGGUCAUACAGUUCUUACUCAAGAGAUAAAGACAGUCUUCGAAGCUAUGACAACUGGAGGCAGAGAGCGGAUGAGAAUCCAUCUGACAGACAGGGUUCUUAUUUCAAAAGCACAAGGAGACCCACCAAAGAUGAGCCAGAAGGAGACAGCAAUAAAAGCAGGGGUCAGCAUGGAAAGCAGCGUCCCUGGAGACAGAAAGGUGAAAGUCAAGAAAGGGAGAAUGUCCUGAAUAAAGAAGGAAAGAAGGCUGCAGGGAGAGGAAAGAACAUAGCCUUAGGGCCAACCCCUGCCACAGUGACCCAGUCCCCUUCGUAUCGCAAACCAGGUGUCAGUUAUGGCAAAAUCCUUACUGGUGAUUUUGCUUGGGGUGGAAAGGCUGCACCGGUUGGAGAUGGACAUAAUCACCGGAGAAACUCUAAUGACUUGGGCCUGACCUCAAAUGCCCAGCAAGAGCAAUGGCCGUCCCUCCCAGGUUUCCAUACCAAGACACUGGCAAAGGGAGAGAGGGUAGAGGCCGAAAGUCCCAAAGGUAGAGUGUAUUCUCUUGCACAGGAAGGAGCUAUGGUAGACAGCAUGAAAGAUCCAAAUACAAAAGAGAGUAAUAAAAGUUGGAAGGAGGGAGGAGAAGCAACCAGGGGAGAAAAGGAAGAAUUGUCAAAGGGAAAAUCGACAACUUGUUAUGAGAAAAAAGUUAGUGAAAAGGGAGACAAGAGACAAUCAGAAAAUGCUACUGGCUGUGAGAUUAGAAGAAAUGAGAAUACAUUAAAGGAGGGUCAUACGGGCCAAAGACAGGAUUCACUGGAUAUAAAGCCAGUUCCUAGAGAAGGAGAGAAAAAAUAUAGAAACAGAUCUCCAAAAGGAAAAGACACAGAUAACAAACAGUCUGCAGAAAAGGAAGGAGAUGGGAACUUUGAAUGGCAGGUUAAAAGAGAUCGUCGGAAACAAGUGAAAACUCAGGAAGAGACAACAAAGUUGAGUGUUUUAGUGCAACAGCAGAAAGGAGAGAAAAAUAGGAAAGGCAAAGCUGAUGUCAACCCUAGUUUUGCAAAGGGGAAAGCAGUAUCUAAGAGUGAAACCAAGUCAACAAAUAAACACACUAUGAAAAAUAAACCUCUUGCAGUUGCAUCAUCGGCUGACAAACUUAGCUGGAAAAUGAAGCAAAAUUCUCCAGGGCAACAAGAUCAGUCAGCAAAGGAAAGAACUGGUUCUUUGUCACUUCCUGAUAAAGCUUCUGCCAAGAGUAAAAGUUCUGUGCCAGUAGAUGCUAAGAAGGCCAUCGCUUCAGAAGAAAAGUCAUCAAAGCUGAAAGCAAAGAAACUUAAAAAGAAGGAAGAGAAGAUGAAAAUAAGAGAGCAACAGAUCCGGAAAGCUCAGGAGAUGAUGAAGAAAGACUCAAAGCUUUCCAUGAUAACAAAGGCCUUCUUAGAAUCAGCCGCCUAUACUGGCAGUGGUGGACAGACGUCAAUAAUGGAAAAAACAGCUGGCCAGGGCCUCUUGGAGAAUUUCCCCAGUUUGGGUGAACAGAGGUCAAAUAAUGUAAAAAGAAAUGACAAAGGUAAUGCAGCCCCUCCUGUUACUAGUAAAAGUGGUUCUCAUGAGCAGAGGAAGAAACCGAAAGACCCAUCAGUUCCUCCAGCAAACCAAGCCAGUGGUAACAGGGCAGCCAGUGGAAGUGCGACAACCACUUCUGUUUCAAGCUACUCUGGGGUGCUCUUAGCCUCUCCCAGGAGAGUAGUAGAAUCUCAGUCUCAAGCUGCAGACGAGAGCCAGGGCGAGGCAAAGAAUGUGGUUGCACAGAAGAAAAAGGUGAAAACUAAGGACCGCAUUGAACUGGACCUCAUGUUUGCAGCACUUGAGUCCAAGAAGAGAAAAGAAAAGGAGCUUUCUGAUAAAGUCCUCAUGAUGGAGUUGCAUCCUGGAUUGGAGAAGCCCAAGAGAGGUAUGGAAACUCAUACAGUUGUCAAAGGCUCGAAAAAUGCCUUUGCUGGUCAUCUCAGAGCCAAGGCUAAAGGCACUGCCCCAGCGACAACGCUUUUCCGAGGCUUCCAGCGCGAAGGGAGGGAGCAUAAGUACCUGUCACCGCUCAAGAAACGGAUGAAGAAAGCCCGACUGCAGGAAGCUGAGACGUUGCUGGCCAUUGUUAGAGAAGCGAAAAAAGCCCAGGAGAGGCUGAUCCAGGAAUCCCUCGCUCAGUCGACUGAGACCAGUGUGGAAGAUGAGGGGAGGAGCCUGUCUAAGUCACCGCAGUUGUUACCAUCCUCCUCCCCAGCAAUCCCGAAAGAUAGCGAUGAUAUAAAUGAGAAAAGAGAUUCGAAUGAUGCUAAUGGGUGUGACGGGGAAGGUGGUUCUAAUGCUCUUGCAGGAGAGGAACAACUCAAGAUUGAUUCACUGAAUGGAAGUGAAGGAGCACAGUCUACUGCAAAGUUGAGUGUGGAUGGAACGGAGGAGUCAGCUGUGGCAGUUGCUGA